UCAGAGGCCCUUUCGACUUGAUACUACUUGGACCGGGAGGGAUAGUCGGCCAUUGUUGUUUCUUCAGCAUUGUAUAAUAUCCUGUCUUUCUUUGCAAAGCCUGUCACGUCCGUCCGCUGCUGUUGCUGCAUCUUUCGAGCGUUUUAGGUGGCAGGCCUCGAACUUGAGCUGCGUCCCUCUACCACUCAAACUGCUGCCUACACCAACCGCUGCUGCCACAAACUCAUCGCAGACUGGCGGUUCCUCUUCACUCACAGGAAAGCUCCGUUUGGUCAUCAGUGCUGCCCUCUGCCAUGGCUCUGCCCAGAACACGGCGCUUCCUCUGGGCCGUCUUCUACACCUUCUCUGGCAUUCUCCUGCUGCUCUAUACAUUUUCCGAUCUCAUCUCGCUUUCACCAUGCGCCUUUAUCUACAGCCAAGACAACUGCUACCGCGGUUAUCUCUCCGAGUACUCUUUUGACGUCGACGAGGCCCUGCACCCAGACUGGAUGAAGGCUAUCUCUGAUGACGCCAAUAUCACGAGUCUUUCCAUACCGGGCACGCACGACACUCUCACCUUUGACAUUCGCGAUGAGCUCUUCCAAUGCCAGAACAACAAUCUGUCGGCGCAGCUGCGGGCUGGCAUGCGCUACCUCGACGUUCGCGGCCGCCUAGUCGACGAUGCCAUUCAGAUCUAUCACGCCGAGAUGUUCACCGGCUACUCCUUCGUCGACGUCCUCACCACCGUGUCCGCCUUCCUCGAUGCUUUCCCUAGCGAAGCCAUCAUCAUGCGCCUCAAGGAAGAAGGCCACCCGCACGGCACCAACACGAUCACGUUUGAGCAGGCCUUCCUCCAGCACAUCAAAGCCGAAGGCCAGAAGCACCGCUUCUACGCCCCCCCGGCCAAGGCCUUCUGGCCGCUGCCCACGCUCGGCACCCUGCGCUCCGGCAUCCUUCUGCUGCAGAACUUUGCCGCGCCCCAGUCCGGGCCCCACGGUCUCAUAUGGGGGUCCAACGACAUGAUCCUCGAGGACCUCUGGAUCAUCCCGAGCCUCGAGCACCUGUACAUGAAGUGGGACGCCGUCGAGCACGCCCUCACCAGCGCUGCCGACCCGGCCAACGACGACAACGCCGCCCUCUACCUCGCCCACCUCAGCGCCACCGUCGGCGUGCUGCCCAUUCAGGCCGCCGCCGGCGGCAUCAACGGUUCCGUCGAGGGCAUCAACGACCAGACGGGCCGUUGGCUCGAUCGCGGCAGCGAAACCGGCACCGGCGGCCGCACUGGCGUCGUCAUCAUCGACUUUCCCGGCCGCGCCCUCGUCGAUGCCGUGCUGGCGCGGAACAAGGGGCUCGUGGCCCGCGGUCUGGAUUUUGACCUCUAG